AUGCAUCUGUCAUGGCCGAUGGCUGAUAACAACCAGGGCACCACAUCAAUUUCACCCCCUCUUUUUUCAUCAUACAAUGACAAGAUACGUCCCAUAAUUGACACCAUCGACAAGCUCCGCAGCCUUAAAGUCAUCGAACAAGGCAUCCCUGACCCCACCAUCAUUGUUGCAGGAGAAAAUUACUCGGGCAAAGCAAGCGUUAUAGAGUCACUCGUCGGAAUUUUUCCUCCAUUUGCACGGGAGGCCUGUUCAAAGGUUCCUCUUAUAAUGAGGCUUCAAAACCAUCAGAAUCCUGCACCGGAGUUCGUACUAAAGUAUCAGAAAAAGUCUGUUCGGAUCAUGAAGGAAAAGCUAAUAUCCGAAGCAAUUAAUCAGGCUACAUUAGAGAUCGCCGGCAUAGGUAAAACUAUACCGAAUGUACCUCUAACUUUGUUAGUGAAGAAGAAAGGUAUUCCGAAUCUCACCAUAACUUAUUUGCCCGGAAAAUAUUGGUAUUCCACGUCCGAAGAUAAGUCGAGAGACAAUUUCGAACAUAUCUCAGAUAUCACCAAGGGGUAUAUAAACCCAAAGGAGAGUAUCAUUUUAAAUGUUUCUUCUGCGCGCAGUAGACUCCCAUCUAUUCGCACGUCACAUAGAGUAGUGGACACCAGAGAAGAGAGGACGCUUGCAGUCAUUACCAAAUGCGACGAGUACCAUAACAUUGAUCUUAGUAAAGCCAUUUCAGAAAAUAAAUUCAAGAUUCGCAACCGCUAUCACUUUAUCAGAAACAGAAUCAACGAUGAAACCCAUGAGGAAGCUCGAAUUCAAGAAACCACACUCUUCGAAUCAUCUCAUUUGUUGUCAAAGAUUGAAAAGUCCAUGGUGGGUAUUCCUGCUUUGGCCACUAGGCUUGCAAAAAUUCAUUUAGUAAUCAUAUUGAGAUGUCUUCCAGACAUCGUCAAGAAGAUCAAUGAGGGGAUUUAUGCUCUGGAUUUGGAGCUGAACCAAUUACCCAAAAACUCUAUGAGUAUUCCUGAUGCAUUGACUGCUUUUAUGCAUAUGGUUGGGUCGUUCAAGGUAACUCUUCAAAAUAUCUUGAUAAAAGGUGAGUACGAUCAUGAGUACAUUGACGAAAAACAAAUGCAUUGCAAUCCGCGGUUGGUUCAAAUGCUAGAUGAAUUUUCAAAAAAACUCAACUCGGUUGUCAAAUUCUCUGAAAAUUUCCUAGUUGAGGAGUUGGAUGUUCUCAACGAAGCUAAUGGGAUCUGGUCGUCACUUUUCGUUCCUCACUCUGCUGUCUUAUGUUUUGCUCGAGACAAAACUCACCAAUAUCUCUCCCUUUCCCAUUAA